GACAUGCGAAAUGACAGUGACAUACGACACACGUGACAUAGUGACAUUAAAAACUCAACAAUUUAUGCAUUUUAGUCUAAAACAAAUAUCAGCGUUAUGUAUUAAAGUGUACUGUGCAUUUUUUAAACACAGCAAAACAGAGAGAAAACCUAUGAAUAUUUAUUGAGAUAAUGCUAUUCUGCCCAACGUGCGCCAACAUCCUUAUUGUGGAAGAGCGACCCGAGAGAGGUUUACGUUACGCAUGUAACACGUGCCCUUAUGUUUAUGAUAUUAAGAAAAAAGUGUCUUAUAGAACAUUCCCUAAAUUAAAGGAACUAGAUUAUAUCAUGGGCGGAGCUGCCGCUUGGGAGAACGUGGAUUCUACUGACGCAGUUUGCCCCAAAUGUGGACACGGUAGAGCUUGUUUCAUGGUUAGACAUAAAACAGCAUCAGCAAAAAUGAAGAUUGAUAAAAUGGCGGAGGUUAUAAAAUGUUCGGAAGAAAAGGCUUAUUCAAAAGCUGCACAAUUCCUAGAGGAUGGUCAAGUAAUCGCUGUACCAACGGAUACAAUUUAUGGGUUAGCUUGCAGCGCCAAUUGUCCACAGGCAAUCAAAAAGUUAUAUGCUAUAAAGGGAAGAGAUUCUGCAAAGCCAGUUGCGAUCUGUGUAACCUAUGUUGAAGAUUUACGUAAAUGGGGCAAAUCGGAGCACCUGUCUGAUGAUCUACUACACACAUUACUUCCUGGACCAGUAACAGUUGUUCUUGAAAAAACAAGACAUCUCAACAAUCCAUUCUUGAACCCAAAAACAAGUAAAAUUGGUAUCAGAAUACCGCAAUAUUUGUUUAUAAAUAAAGUAACCAAAAUAUUUGACAAACCGAUUGCUUUGACUAGUGCCAACUUUAGUAAUGAACCAUCUACAUUAUCUGUGAAAGAAUUUGAACAUUUGUAUGGACAUUUAGGAGCAGUAUUUGAUGGAGGUGUGUUAAGUGAAGGUUUAGAACAGAAUAGAACGGGAUCCACAGUUGUUGAUUUGUCCAAUGUAGGCUCAUAUACAAUCAUAAGGAAAGGUAUUUCAUAUGAUAAAAUUGUUACAAUUUUAGAAGACCAUGGGUUACACAGUAUUGGAUAAUUUAUUUAUUUUAUGUAUAAUAAAGAUAUUGUUACUUUA